CGCGUUCUGUUUGUCCUAACCGGCCACUGUAGUUGAUCACACGUCAGUGGCGUUUAACAUGGCGGCCACCUUGACGAGAGGUCUGUCAGGUUUGCUGAGACCCCUGUGGGUUUUAGGCAGAGACCGUCUCUCUCCUGCGGUCAGACUCGCGCAGACAGCUCGUUUUUCAGCUCUAGUGCAGAAACAUGUCUCCAGACCCCCGGCCGCUGUUCCCACCGCUGCUCCCCUUCCUCAGACCGGCCUGCUGGAUCGAGUAACGCCCCUCAUCCCUUCACUGAUGCUCCAGCCGGUCAGGAACUUAACUUACUACAGUCUGAGGAAAGGCAAGAGGAAGUCGGUGAAGUCUGUUGUUCAAAGGUUUCUCAGGCUGCACUGUGGCCUGUGGGUGAGGAGAAAGGCUGGGUAUAAGAAAAAGCUGUGGAAGAAGUCAGCAGCCCGCAAGAAGCGCCUCAGAGAACAUGUAUUCUGUAAUAAAACUCAGUGUAAAUUGCUGGACAAAAUGACAACACCCUUUUGGAAAAGAAGAAACUGGUACCUUAAUGACCCGUACCAGAAAUACCAUGAUAGAGUGAACCUGAAGGUGUAAAACCCUCCUAACCUUAUUCUAUUCAUGACGCAUAAAGACAUGAGACGUAAAGUGUGUUGAAAUUCAUUAUUUAAAAAUAUGUGGAGGGUUCACGUGUAAACGCACUCAAAUAAAUUCCUUCAAUUGUU